CUCCUCCUCCUCUCCGGGCUGGGGCGGCGGGGGCAGCAGAAGGCGCGAUGCUGCCGGCGGCCCUGGCGCUGCUGCUGUUGCUGCUGCUGCUGCCGGCGCUGCCGGCACGGAGCGGGGCGCCGGGCGAGACUUUCAGCUCCAUGCUCAGCAUCCGCCGGGCGCUGGGCACGGAAGGGGCGCUGCUCCGCCACCUGCGCGCCUACCUGGAGGACGAGGCCGGCCGGCUGCGGGACCUCGACAGAUUCUACCAGAAGAUCCAGGAUUUGCAUCAGGGAUCGGGCAGCUCCCUGGAGAACCCCUUGAUGGCGUUUGCCCUGAUCAAGAGGCUGCAGUCAGACUGGAGAAACGUAGUUUAUAGCAUGGAAGGAAAUGAGAAUAUCCAAGUCCUGAAGAUGAACUAUCACCGAUUAGAAGACCAUCUACCACUCCUUGAAGAUCUCCAAGGAGCCAGCCGGGCCCUCCUACGGCUUCAAGAUGUCUACGCUCUGAGCGUCCCAGAAUUGGCCCGAGGCCGGUUUCGCACAGCGAGCGAGACCCACCCUGAGGUCUACCAUCCCAGCCAGGACUUCGCCUUGUCCGCCGAUGACUGUUUCCACAUCGGGAAGGUGGCGUAUGAUACGGAGGAUUAUUACCACGCGAUCCUGUGGAUGGAGGAAGCCGCCAGGCUCUUCCGGAGCUCCUACGGGAACUGGAAGAUGGAAGACGAGGGCAGCCUGGAAGAUGCCCUGGACCAUCUGGCCUUCUCCUACUUCAUGGCAGGGAACAUUUCUCACGCCUUAAGGCUGUCCCAAGAAUUUCUUCACUACGAUCCAGGCAAUGAACGGAUGGCGAGGAACGUCUUGAAGUACGAGAAGCUUCUGAGGAAGAACCGGAAGGAGGGCGAAGAAAGGGUCCCUUUGCAGAGACCCAACGUGACCCACCUGGAGACGCGAGAGGCCUACGAGAAGCUCUGCCAGAGGCUGGGGUCUCAGGUGGGCGAGCGGUGGAGGCCUUUUUUCUGAGGAAGAAGCAUGUGACGUUUGAGGAGGACCAAGAAUGAUGUGGUCAAAAUGUCCAGAAGGGAUUUGCAGUCACUGACAAAUGUGGUUGUUGAUCUUCCUCUGAAUCAAUUUUGCCACCUCUGCUUGUUCUGUCAUCUUCAUCAGCCAUUCCUGGAAAUUUCAGAGUUGUUCCGUUUUUGCACAUAUUAAUAACCUCAGAUAAAUAAUCAUAUUAAAAUGACUAAUUAAUAUGUUCCUUGACUUUUUUUCUCACCCACCAGCCCCAGCAAGAAAACAAUCGGAUUUCCAUUGAAUGUUGAUCUUUAAAACUCUUUGUAUUUAUAAAGUAAUAAAGAUGAAAAAAAAAUUAAUGAAUAAAUAUCUUUCAACCUAGAAA